AGCCCGGCGUCCGCCCACGCCCCUGCCCGCCAUUGGGCCCUGUGCCGGGAGCCCCUCCCCAAGCGGCGCGGCAGCCGGGCCCGGGCCGCGCUGGGUGCAGCAUGGCAGGGGAGCCGCGCAGCCCGCCGGUGAAGGUGCUGGCCGCCCAGCUGAGGCAGUGCCGGCGGGCCGCGGGCGGGCCCUGGCUGCUGGGACGGGAGGAGGCCGGGCAGGGCCCGCUGGCGGUGCCGGUGGUGUGGAUGCAGGGCACGGUGCUGGCGGUGGAGGCCGGGGGCGCCCGGGGCGGCUCGGCCCGGCUGCAGGACGAGAGCGGCCCCUUCACGGUGCUGGGGGUGGAGCGGGUCCCCAAAGGGCGGCCGUGCCUCAGCGCAGGAAAGUAUGUAAUGGUGAUGGGCUUGGUACACUCCUGCAGCCCAGAGCCUAUUCUUCAAGCUGUGAAGAUGACUGAUCUUUCUGAUAAUCCUAUACACAGGAGCAUGUGGAGUUUUGAAGUGGAGGAUUUGCACAGAAACAUUUCUUAGAUGCUGGGUAUUUUUGUCAGCAGCCCAAAGGACCUGGAAACAUAAAUGUUUGCUUUUACACCACAUGGACCUCAACUCCAAGCAUUAGACUCUCAGGAGUAGUUAUAGCCUCAUCUGGAGAAUGCUUUGAUAGUCAAAUAACUUAGUCCACUAACUAACAGUUUUAAGAGUUAUGGACAGGAGACCAAAUUUACCAUUGGAGAAAAUGGGUACAGCUCUACUGACUUCAGUGAAUUUGACUGAGAUUCAAGAUUUUAGAGAUCUUUAUGCUCAUGAUAACUCAUAGGGAGAUGGUUCAUUCUCUGCUCCAAUAAUGUUUUAUGCCAACAGACUAAACUGCAUUAACUUUCCAGAUAAUAGUGGGUAUUUCAAUACUAGCUCCAUUAUUGUAGCUGUCAUGUGUUAGAAUGUAGGGCUAGGCAGUCACAGUACCAUAUUCUGUCCUCCAUUUUGCCUAACACUCUUGCUGCCAGUGUGAAUUCUAUACCUGGAAUAAGGGCAGAAUGUGGUCCAUACUGUUUAGAUUGUGUUUAUGGUAAGGAAAUGGUACCUUGGCUCCAUGCUUUUUCUUUCAAUAACAUCCGUAUCCAGUUUGCUUUGUUGACAAGACAUAUGUCUUUUCUAACUGUAACCAUAGUUCGGUGCCUAAAACUCUGCGGGUACAGCAUUCAUCUCUACAAUAUUAAGAGUAGCAUGGUAACAAAACCUAUACUUCCAGUAAACUAAACAGAGAUUUGACACAGACUCACAGGGAGUAGAUUUAUCCAGGUCCAAAAAGUAAGUACUCUCACCACAUCACACAAUAAGAUUAUCUCAGCCUAAUUAUGCAUCUUUAUAUUAAGUUUUCUUUCCCUGGAAAGACAGUGUUCCAGCAUACACUCUCUCUUUAAAGUUACUGUUAAAUGUAUAUUAUUUUUACCUUUGUUACACUUGUCCUUUACAGGAAGAGGAUGUAUGAUACUGCUCUUUUGCCCCCAAAAUAUUGUAUUUGGUCAGGUUUCAAUCAUAAUUCAUGUGUCCUAAAUAAAUAUCACGUUAUCCAUAUACUGUAGCUCUGUAGGUUGUGGGGAAAGAGACAAGUUCAACAGUAUCAAAUAACAAUGUUAACUAACUUUGAGCCUAUGAAAACAAGCUUUUUGCCUUACUAUAAACCACAAACUGAAUUUAAGAUCAGGUAUUGCACUUUGAACAAAGCUUUUUCUCACAAUUCUAUCUUGAAGUAAAUAUUGUCCCCAUAUUUGCAGAGGCCCCUUUGAGGGUGUUGAUGAAAGCACUUCGAUUAGAACUUUGGGACUGCAUACUUCCAUCCUUGAGUGACCAUGUCACUUCAGAGGCCUGGGUAUGACUGAGAGGUUGUAUUAAAUGAGACCUUGUUGAUUAUAUGUGGGAUAAGCCAAGACGGGUGUACAGAAUUUUGACAGUAUGGGUUAAUUUUUUUUUAAUUUUUUAAUGUUGGGGAAAAAGUCCACUUGUAAAAUGUAGCCUGCCAGCAAAUUCUCCUCGGUGUCAACAUUGUCAGACAACCAUUUUUAGUUGUUUUGUAACAGGUCCCUUCACGUCUUAAUGGUUCUUAUUCUAAGAACUUGAAUUUCAUCUCAGAAUGAAGAAAAAUAAAGUUCACCUUGACAUGCAUGGGAAUUAGAUUGUGUGUAAAAAGUUUUGAUGAAAAGGGCCAAAUUCAAACCUUGUGUAAGGGAGUGCAACUCUGCUGGCUUCAGUAGACUUGUACCACUUACAUCGCAGCUACAUAUGGCUCAAAGACCUUUUACUCAUAGUUGGCUAGUACAUAAUGCAACAGAUGUGAGUAGUGCAUGUUCAUUAAAUGUAUAUCUCAGAA